AUGGACCCUGGGCUUCUGGGAGCUCUUGGGGCCCUCUUGAGCGGUGCAAACCGCGAGGGCGAUGGGGGCCCUGGGGGCGGUCCCGGCAUGGGAUCCAUCGCCAUUUUGACGGUGCCUGGUCGAGGGAUCGUUGGCACUGCCAUCACUCCAAACGGACAAGAUGGAGCUUUUCCUUUGCCAAUUGGUCUCCUCCAGAACUUGGGUGGCGAAGUCUCCAGGCUCCCGCUAUCUCGAGAAGAGGAUGCUGCCGCGGCUUUAGGUGGAAUUAUGACUAUGAUGAUGGAGCAGAUGACCCGUGUUGCAAUGCAACGCAGCAUGGAGGAACAGGCCCCUAAGAUUCCGCCAGCCAGCGAAAGAGUCCGCGAUGCACUGCCUCGAGUUGUUGUGACGAAGGAGGAUUUGCUGGACUCAACCAAUUCCAAGUGUUCGGUUUGUUUGGAAGAUUUUCAGCCGGGCUCCCGAGCAACGCGGAUGCUGUGUGGCCACCUCUUCUGUACCAUGUGCAUUCGAGAGUGGCUCCGCGAGGCCAAUAGCUGCCCUGUGUGCAGAUAUGAGCUUGCAACAGAUAAUGAGGAGUUUGAAUCCGGGAGACGGUCCCGCAUGGCCGGGCGCCAGAUCCGCUUGAAGCGCGCGGAGCUGCGCCUCCUGCGGAUCUCGGAGCUGCGGCGGCUGAUGGACGCCUUGGGCAUUUCGGGCGAAGGAUGCCUUGAGAAGGCAGAACUUUUGCGGCACCUCGAAGUGGCUCCUGAUAUCGUGGUGGAAGAAGAAAAUACCGGCGCCACGAUUUAUGAGAAAGAGGAGCUGCUGACUUUGGAUAUGCCUUUGCUGCGCAACCUUUUAGAGCGCCACAAGGUGCCAUAUUCCAUCGACGAUGAUGUGUCUGAAGAGGAGGAACGCUCGGUGGCCUUGAAGUCCUUCGCGGAGUUCGGGUGGAUGAAGGGUAGCAAGGAACGACCAAGCGCUGCGAAGGAUCACGAGCUUCAAAGCGAGAAGCUUUCGGCCAGGGAGAACGUCAAAAGCACAGAUAGCGAAGAUCCAGGCAGCUCUCAGAAUGCUGAGAAAGAGGUCGUGAAGCCAAAUUCUGAGCAAAAAGAGGAGGCAAAAGAGGAGAAAGAGAAGGAAGAGAAAGCAGAAAAAGAGAAAGAAGAGAAAGAAGAGAAAGAAAAGAAAGAAGAGAAAGAAGAGAACGAGAAAAAAGAAAGUACAGAAAAAGAUGAACAAGAUCAAGAGGAAGUGGACCACCGAGAGAAGGGAGAAACUCCUGAUACCGAGAGUGGGUCACAGAGUGCAACUUCCUCAGGUCCUCUUGGGAAAUCCGACCGCCUUAGUGGCUGUUUCUUUCAUUGGCCUAGGCCGGCCCCGGCCCCUGCGGCCCGUCGGGCCCGCGCCCGCCACGCGGCGGCCGCUGCGGAGCCGCAGCGGCGCAGGCCUGGGCCCAACGAUGAGUGA